AUGCUGCGGCUCCUGGCCGGCCUGGCAGUGGGGCCACUGGCUGCCAGCCAGGCCUGCCAACAAGCCACGCUUGAUGCCCUCGCAGCCAGCUCCGCGGGCUGGGAGGACGGUCCCGGAGGACAGCAGCUUCUCCAGCUGACCUCACGGGAAAUCUAUCACCCUCGGUUCCGGCAGAUGCAGGACGGUAUCACGACGAGUGGCGAAACCACCUCCACAACGACCCCCACCCAGACGACCACUGCUGCCCCUACAAGCACCUCGCGAAUCGGAACCACCACCGAGGAGCCGGAGCCGUCGAACAGUGGGAGAGAGGUGGCCAAGGAGGCCGAAGAGGACAAGGAGCACAUGAAGGAAGAGGUGGAGGAAAUCGUGGAUAGCUUGGACAACUCCACCAACUUCAGCAACAUUAGCGUCGCUGGAGGGGCUGUACGUAUCCCGAGACCUACCACAAAAAAAACCACAGCGACCACGACUGUGACAACGAAGACGUCGACGACGAUCAGUCCGUUCGCUCUCAAC